UAGCAGUAGCGUCUCAGAUCCAUCUCUUUGACUUGACUCUAUAACAAACGUUCCUAACCUCACAUAUCUCCUUUUUGUUACUACUCCACUUACAUGUGUCUUUGUUAGAUGUCUUUAGGUACAAGAAUAAAGAACUGUGUCUGUGCAAAGGGGGUCUUUGGAUACAAAUCUAAAGAGUUGGAACCUCCAGAGCCCUUGGUGUUUGUGCUGUGAGCUAAAUUUCUACUCAUAUACAAGUAGCCAUCCCAUCAUCCAGUAGUCUUGCUGUCAUGCACAGACUACCAAGGUGUAUAAUCACUUCCUAUGAAUGAGUUCUUUCUGGUCUGUGAGAGUGAUUUCCUGGUUAAAAGGCUAACACUACCCACAACUGUGUGUCAUAGAUUGUAGGCUAGAUGUAGGUCCUGUCUAGUCCUCAUCAGCAGAGAAUAUGCCAGUAUUAGCUCACAAUCAUUUCCCAGAGCAGAGAGAAAAGGAAGCAGAGAAAGAAAGUUAGCCGAGUUAAAUGGAGCACUGCCUGCUUGUGUUUGAACUGGCAUUCUUUCAUCUUAUAUUGAGAUGUUCCAGCCAAAACAAUUGUUUAUACCACUUUCCUGAGGAUAUUAUUAUAAUCCCAGAGCAACAGUUUUUCCUUGGAACCAUAAUAAACUUAAGUUGUAAUAAAGAGUAUCAACGAGAACGUAAUACACAUGGAAUGUAUACCUGCGUCAAUAAUUCAGGAGUCCUUAAGUGGAAGACAGAAAAGGAUCUAAAGUGCAUAAAGAAAGAUGGCACAACUACCAGUGAUCAAAGUAUGGAACUUGAAGAAAAACAACACAACCAUACAGACAUCUGUGCUCCUCUGCCACAUAUACCAAAUGCCAGACUGACUUUUGUAAAAGUUCCUGUAGGACAAGAGUUGCAUUACAUGAAUAAAGGGACUAGAGCCAAUAUUACACAGAAGUGCAUUACUGAAAAUGCAUCUGGAAAAUACCUGGGAAAGGAGAGUACAACCCGUGAAAUCAUUAAUAACUUCAUCAACAUCUCAGACUACAAGAGUAGUUGUUGCUGGAGGCAUGCUUGGAGUUGUUGCCUUUAUUCUUCUUUUUUCAGUAGUUGGCUAGGAAGAAUGGAGAAAACCAAAAUAAACCAAAACAGUGGAGUUUUCAGAGCUAAUGCAGUUCCAGCCUACGUCCAAAGCUAUGAAUACAAGAAAAAAAUAUAGAAAUAAAGAUUUUUUUUUCACAGAAA